AUGGAGCCUGUCGCUGAAACGAAGUGGAUCCUCAAAGCUGCUUUCUUUCUCUGCAUUGGCUGGUGUUCUGCAGUCUCUUCAGAUUUCAACAUCACUGAUACGGAGACUCCGGUGUUUUUCCGAGGUGACAAGGCCUCUCAGUUCGGCUACCGUGUCGUCCAGACGAGAGCGGACGACGGCAGGUCCUGGUUGGUAGUGAGUGCCCCCAUGUCAGGCAACCGAACGGGAUCGCUUUUCCGCUGCUCGUAUGAUACAGAGAAGUGCCAGACAGUGGUUCUCCACCACAACAAUACCUCUGGAAUAUCUCUGGGACUUUCGCUGGCUGCUGAUAAAUCAGACUCCAAAAUAAUAGCCUGUGGCCCAACAUGGGAGCGUGGAUGUGGGGACUUUGAUUAUCUGAACGGUGUCUGCUAUAUCAUGAGCAAUUUUAACCAACCUGCCAGAGAGAUCCAUCCAGCUUUCCAAGAGUGCACUGUUGGCGUGGAUGCUGUGAUCUUAUUUGACGACUCUGGGAGCAUUUCUGAUGAUUCCUUUCGCACAAUGAAGAACUUCAUCCUUGAGCUAAUGGCUUCUGUUUCUGAGGCAGAUGUGCAGUUUGCUAUGGUCCAGUUUUCCACUGAAGUCAACCUGGUUUUUGAUUUCAAUUUCUACAAUGCACAAAAAACCAAGGUGAAGGAAAUAGUCGACAGAAUUCAACACGCCAAAGGAAAUACUCACACCCCGACUGCCAUCCUCUAUGUUGUGGAUAAAAUCUUCUUACCUGAGCUUGGCAUGCGACCUCACAGCAAGAAACUCCUCAUUGUCUUGACCGAUGGCGUAUCCAAUGACAAGAAAACCACGUUUGAAGUCGCUAUACCGGCUGCAGAUAAGAAAGGCAUCAUCCGUUAUGCCAUUGGGGUUGGCAGAGAUACGAGAAAAGAUGAGCUGAACACAAUUGCUUCGUCGCCUACGAAUGUUUUCGAAGUCGAGAGCUUUGAUGCGCUCAGUAGCAUUCAGAACCAGCUGAAGGACAAGAUCUUUGCCAUUGAAGGGACCUCUGGAAUCUCUGCUGGCAAUUCAUUUCAAAAUGAACUUUCUCAGGGUGGAUUCAGUGCCCUCCUCACCCCAGGACAUGUGGUGACUGGAGCUGUUGGUGCUCACACUUGGUCUGGGGGUCUGGAGGAACAGUCUUUGGGAGAACCUCCCCAAAUAAAAUUCCUGAACAUUUCCUUUGAUGGCUCAUAUCUGGGCUAUUCGGUGGCUGUAGCUCAGCGUGGGCAGAAGCAGUUCUACAUAGGUGGGGCUCCGCGAUACCAGCAUGUUGGAGCUGUCGCAGUCUUUGAAAGCCAGAGUAAGCGCUUGGCGGCAUUCCCUGAAGGGGAUCAGGUGGGUUCUUACUAUGGGGCUGAAGUCUGCUCCGUGGACCUAGAUGAAGACAACAAUACUGACCUUGUUCUGAUCGGGGCUCCCCAUUAUUACAGUAGGAACCAAGGUGGGCUUGUUGAUGUCUGCUCUAUGAAUGACCAGGGUCACCUAGUUUCCCUCCAAACACUUCGUGGGGAGCCUGGCAGCAGCUUUGGCCAUUUUGGGGCAGCACUCUGCGCUUUAGGGGACAUAAGCGGGGAUGGCUUUGCAGAUGUGGCGAUAGGAGCCCCCAUGGAGGAUGAAGGUCGUGGAGCCAUUUACAUCUUCCUAGGAGAAGCAGGCGGGCUGAAAAAACACCACAGCCAGCGGAUUGCUGCCAAGUCUCUCUCUCUGGUGCUCCGUUAUUUCGGACAGUCCAUCCAAGGAAGAAUGGAUCUGAGCAAGGAUGGACUGACUGACCUGGCUGUUGGGGCGCUAGGAAGUGCUGUGCUGCUUCGAUCUCGGCCUGUUUUCACAAUCAACUCUUCGCUGACUUUCUCGCAUCGCUGGAUCCCCUUGGAUGACCCCAAGUGUGGAAGCGGGAAGGUUUCGGGAAUUGCCCCCCGUGGGAAAACCAGUCUUUGCUUCACCCUAAAACUCGUCAGCACAAAAUGGACCCACGGUGCCCUUCAAGCUGCGAUCUCAUUUACUCUCUGGUCUGAUGCUAAGCAGUCUCCAUCACGACUGACGCUAGAGAAUGAGGCUUCCACAUUCUCAGACACCAUCCUGGUUGGAACUAAGCCAAUCUGCGUCGAAAAGAUUCUCCAUGCCCCGCUCUGCCUGGAUGAUUCCUUCUCUCCACUUGUGCUGCGGGCGGAUGUAACGGCCGAGGGAGAACCAGAUGCCUCUGCAAGGAACCUACGCCCUGUCCUGGACCCUGGAACUAAUUUGUCCACUGAGAUCAAGGUUCCCUUCAAGCAAGACUGCGGCCUUGAUAAAAUUUGUGUAUCUGAUCUUCGAAUCUCCUUUAACUUUUCAGGGUCAAAAGGUCUUAAACUGAGUCCAAAUUUCGUACUGAACUUAACACUGAAACUAGAAAACGUGGGAGAGGCAGCGUACAACCCACAGCUUUCAUUUUACUACUCUUCUGUUUUGUCCUUCCGAGGGCAUUCCGUUCUUCAGUCCAAUUGGCGUCUCUCUCCGGCCUGCCAAAUGCAUGGACCCCAAGGAAAUGCGUCAGUUCGUCACAGCUCCUGCCGCUUCAACCCACCAGUCCUCAAGGGAGGUACUCAGGCCGUACUCCAGAUUUCCCUCCAGUCCUCAAAAGGCGACUCCUGGAAUGACACUUUUGCUUACUUCCACAUCCGAGCACACAGUGAGAACGAGAAUGACACACUGAGUGACAACGAGGCCACAGGCCGGCUACCUGUGCUGCACCGAGUCAACGUCAUCGUGAAGGGGCUGGCGUCCACGGCGUACCUCAAUUUCUCCACCAAGAUGCCAGAGAAGAAGACGCUCACGCAUGCCUUUGAGGUUAGAAAUUUGGACUCGACUGCAACUCCAGUCAACGUGGCCUUUGAACUCCCCUUCAACACUGAAUUCGGAUUCUCCUGGAAUGUAACCCCAUCCCACAGGGAUGUGAUAGACCAGUCCUCAUGCCUGAUAAUGCCCUCGCUCAGAACAAGACACAAGACUGAAGACCUCAAAGGACCCAUCACAAGAGGGUGCUUGGGGGCCACUGUCUGCUCCAAGAUUCAGUGCCUGAUCACCAAUCUCUCUCGGGGAGAGUGGGUCAUGUUCAAAUUUUCAUGGAAUUUUAGCAUAGACGACAUCGCUAGCAAGCUGGCGGACCAGAAACUCCAUCUUCGGAGUGAAGCCUCUGCGGUGGUUGAUGAGACCAGGUUUUUUCAGCCAGAAGAAUUUCAGUUCAGUCAGAUCAGCACUGAAGUUGAGCUGAUUUCACCAUUCAACCCCAUCCCCGUCAUCAUUGGCAGCACCAUCGGAGGAAUCCUGCUCUUAGCCAUCAUCGUGGCAGUCCUGUUUAAGUUUGGAUUCUUCAAACGCAAUCGAGUGUCCCUAGCAGAUGAAAUUGCGUCAGAACCAGCUGGGCCCGGUGAGCAAACUCUUCAAGCGACCAACUAGCUUACAAAGGAAGGAGGAAUCAUGCGGAUCUGGGAAGCAGGACCUAAGGAUUCCCUGGGGAGAGGAAUGGGAUUUGAGAGGAGUCUGGGAUCCAGGUAGAAUGUUAAACUU